AUGGAUACUGAUGGCAAAGAAAACAAACAAUCAAAUUCAUCCGAAGAAAACAAUGAAAAUGAGUUACCACAGGUUAACGCACUAUUUGUGUGUCCAAUUUGUGGCGGUCUAACACUGAUAUUAUCUGAUUCAUGGACUCAGUCUAUGAAUGGAGCUCCUGACUUAAGUCCUACUCCAAAAACCAGGAGGCCAGCAGAACUUAUUAGUUAUAGCAAGUCAUUUAGUUAUAAAAAAAAUGAUAUGAAUUGGACUCACUACAAAAAGUUCCAGGAGUUUAAUGAAUUUUUCGACAGUACAAAAUUAUCAGUGUUCCCUUACUGCAAUAGCUGUUCUUCAAAUAUUUUACAAUCGAUCCGCAAAAAAUCAGGAUUUUUAAACUACGGAGAGUCUCUUUUUCUAAGGCUUGAUAUUACAGAUAAAUUUAUUUUUGCAAAUACGUUAAAAGAAGAAAUUGAAAAAAUUAUUAAUGAGAAGAACGCUUUUCUUGAGGCCAAAACCGAAUACGAGAAAGAAACCAAUCGUUUAAAGACCCAAGGAGGCAAAAGACGUAAUUCAUCAUACUUAACAAAAGGCUAUGUUGAGGGCGAAAUAAAUUCAAGUGCUCUUGUACCAAAAACAUCUGGUCCUCCGCGUGCAUUUUCAUCAUUAACAUCCUGCAUGAUAUUCCAUAUUAGUUAUAAUCGAUUUUACGGAACAAUUAAUACUCUUAGACUUGGACAAAAUAUUUCACGCGAAGUUCCAUACGAAGAAAUCAAUAAUGGAUUCACAAUGUUAUUCCAUUUGAUUUCUUCGAUGUGCAGAAUUGGAAAUAUUGAUUGCUCGAACCUUACAAACGGAAUUCCAUUAACCAUUGAUGGCACAGUUCUCAAUGCUGCAGAUACGACAUAUAGAAAAGGUGUUGUUGUGUUUAAUCAAGCAAUCACCAAAUUAUUUGCCUUUUGUUCAAGUCUAUUCAUGAAUUCCAUUGUAGGAACACAUUCUUUGACACCUCCAUUUAUCAUCAAUACAGAAGAAAAUACAAUAAGCCAAGAAUCGUUUUUAUUCGACGCUAAAAAUCCAGAUGGAUGGACCAGGGCAAUGAAACUCCUUCUUUUUAACUUCAAGUUCAUUCAGAUGAAGAUGCUCAAAGGAACACGAAUCAUUCCUUCUGUAUAA